AAACGCACCGUAUUAAAUAAGCCAUAAGAAAUUUUUCAUAUGUCUUACGUAUUAUACGUAUGUUACGUACUUUGAAGUUUCUAUUUACAUUUAAAAGACUAUGACGGCCAGUGGAAUUUAUCAUGAAAAACAAAUAAGGGAAUUAUGUGCAUUACAUGCUUUGAACAAUUUAUUUCAGUCAAAAGGGGCUUUUCUGAAAUCCGAACUAGAUUCAAUAUGUGUUUCAUUAUCUCCUAAUCAUUGGAUAAAUCCUCACAAAUCAAUGUUAGGACUAGGGAAUUAUGAUAUAAAUGUUAUUAUGAAAGCUUUACAAGAUAGAGGAUAUGAAGUUGUUUGGUUUGAUAAAAGAAGGGAUCCUACUUGCUUAAUUUUAGAUAAUAUAUCUGGAUUUAUAUUGAAUAUACCUAGCGAGUAUAAAAUUGGUUUUUUCACGUUACCAAUUUGGAGACGUCACUGGGUAACUGUGAGACAAAUAAAUGGUUGCUACUAUAAUCUGGAUUCAAAGCUAGAAUCACCACAAAAAAUUGGUGAGGAUCAAGAUGUUUUAAAUUAUCUGAAAGAUGAAAUAGAGUGUAAAGAUAAAGAAAUUUUUUUAGUUGUUACAAGUGAAGUGUCACAAAAACAAAGUUGGAUUAAAGAUUUUAGUAUUCCACCAGCAGUUAAUAGUAGAGAUGCAGAUAUUAUCCAGUUAGGGGAUAUAGAGGAUAAUAAAUCAUAAGAUUGUGAUAGGAACUACAUAUUUAUUGUUAACAAAUUUAUAUUAAAUGUUUUUAUUGAUAUUUCUUUUAUAAAAAGUUUUUUUCACAA